UGCCACACUACAAAAAUACCUGACUCCAUUAUCUCCACAGAAUAAUUUCCCAAUAUUCCUGAAUACAAUCGAAUAAUAAUCAAGAUAAUUGCACGCAAAAAACGAAAUUAUUAACAAUUUCACAUUUUUCUCAACCGAUUUUUCGGGAAUAUCUCUGCAUGCAAGAGAGAUAGUGAAAAUUUUAUUAGAAACUUUUUGUAGAGUCCUUUUGUCGCUGCAAAAAAGGAUUUACAUCGAGGUCGCGGGAAAAAUAAUAAAAAAAAAUAAAAUGGACUACCGGAGGGGUGGGUACGGUAAUCAAGAGAGUUUCGAUUUCUCUGACGAAGAGGAUAGACGACGACGAGGACGUUCAGCCCCUCGAGAUGAUGACUACGAGUACAGCAACGGGAGGGAUUACGAUCCUCCCCGGAGGGAUCGUUCCUCCAGUCGUAAUCGUGAGAGCAGUAUAAUCUACAGAGGACAAAAAGCCAAACCCGAAGAGUCCAGGGUCCAGAACAAGACAGGUCCUGGAACUCUGAAGACGAUGGACAGCAUUCAGGAUCCCGGAAAACGCUACGUCCUCAAGGACAUCAUCGGAACUGGAGUUUGUGGUACCGUUUACUCGGCUGUUGACACUCAAGCUGGUAACAAGAGAGUUGCAGUGAAGAUUCAAGAGUUGACCCCUGACAGCCAGCAAUUGAUAGUUGAGGAGUACCGAGUAUUUCGUGAUUUCUGUGGCCACUCAAAUCUCCCCGAUUUCUACGGCAUUUACCGGAAGAGAUCGUCACGAAAAGGAGACUACGAUCAAAUAUGGUUGGUCAUGGAGUUAUGCGACGGCGGACCAGUCAUGGACCUCGUGAGGGGUCUCGGCAUCGCCGAGAAGAAAUUGCGAGAGGAGCAGAUCGCUUACGUUCUCAAAGAAACAGUCAAGGCCCUAGCCCAUUUGCACGAGAAUCGAGUGGUUCACAGAGAUGUCAGAGGAGACAAUAUACUUCUCUCCAAAGAAGGUGAAGUCAAGCUCGUGGACUUUGGCUUCUCCAGGAUGUUCAAAGGAGAAGCUGGAAAACGAAGAACGACCAUAGGGUCUCCGUGCUGGAUGGCUCCAGAGGUUGUCACCAGUAGAGGAGAUCCAAAUGGUGGAUACACAGCUAGAUCUGACGUCUGGUCACUCGGGAUAACUGCGAUUGAACUCGCAGAUGGGAGAGCACCUUUCCAGGACAUGCAUCCCACCAGAGUUCUCUUCCAGAUUGUCAGGAAUCCACCCCCGGGUCUCCAUCGACCUGUCAACUGGUCCGAGACGUUCAACGAUUUCAUCGCAGAGUGUCUUGAGAAAAAUCCAGAGAACAGACCGGUCAUGGCUGAGAUGCUGAUGCAUCCCUUCCUCGCUGAACUCCCUGACAACGACUAUCAUCUCACUCAGGAGCUCAAGGCCCUCUCCAUGGGUGUCAGGGAGAGGCAACAAGUGCCAAGACCUCCUGAGGUCAUGGUCAGGAAUGGAUUCUUCAAGAGGGACCUCGAGAGGCCUCCCGAGGUCAUGCUCACUGAGGAUCUCGCAGCCCUCGAGGUCCUCACUGAGGACACCAUUCUCGAUGAACUACUCGAGAGGAUCAAACGUGGUGACUUUCAGACCUUCAUUGGAGAUAUCCUCGUCAUUUUGAAUCCUAAUGAGAUCCAGGACAUCUACGCGAAUGAUUACCACGAAAAAUACAACUUCAAAUCACGCUCGGAGAAUUCCCCCCACAUAUACUCAGUGGCAGACAGUGCGUACCAGGACGUACUCCACCACGAGGAGCCCCAGCACGUUCUCUUCGCUGGUGAAAGUAACUCAGGAAAAACAACAAACGCUCUACAUCUUAUCAAGCAUCUCAUGUACCUCGGCAAGAGCCUCACGGACAUCGGAGUGAGAGUUUUCAAAGCCAUUGACUUGAUCCACUCGUUCUCCCAUGCAGCGACUCCUCUCAACACCAAUUCAACGAGAUGCGUUCUCCAGAUUCAGACAACCUUUGGCUCAACUGGAAAAGCAUCCGGUGCUAUUUUUUGGCUUCACCAGCUGGAGAAAUGGCGAGUCUCCACCAGAGACACAAAUAAAUCGAAUUUUCACGUGUUCUAUUAUUUGUACGACGGUAUGGAGGCCAAGGGUAGAUUGAAGAAGUACAGUUUGCCGAGGGGAAGGCGAAUGAGGUACCUCAGGAUGAACGACUCGAACUCGAGGAAUCGCUCCUUCAAGGUGAGAAAUGAUCCUCAGGGUAAUUCUCUCAAGUUCGAUGAGAUCGAGGAGACACUCAGGCUCAUGGAAAUGGAUGAGCAUACGGAGUUCAUCUGGAGAACACUAUCAGCUAUUUUACUCCUGGGGGAGGUGUCUUUCACUGAGGGCAGCAACGGAGAAGCUGAAGUGGAGACUUCCGAUCUGGGCUACACUGUGGCAGAACACCUGGGGCUUGACCCCAAAAAAUUCGUCUGGUGCCUCACGAACUACUGCAUUCUUAAAAAAGGAGCAGCAGUUCGUCGAAAGCAUACGUGUGAAGAGGCGAAAGAGGCUCGUGAUGUUUUAGCGAAUACUCUGUACCAGAGGCUCGUCGAUUGGAUAAUCAAUAGCAUAAAUAUCAAAUUAUCCAUGACGAGGACUCUCUUCGGGGAUAAAUACGUGGUGAGUGUCCUGGACAUGUUCGGGUUCGAGUGCUUCUCUGUUAAUCGAUUCGAACAGCUCAUCGUUAAUACAAUGAACGAGCAGCUCCAGUGCUAUUACAAUCAGAGAGUUUUUGCGUGGGAAAUGCAAGAACAGGAAGAAGAAAAUAUUCCAGUCCAGCAUUUCCAUUUUUACGACAAUCGAGAAGCCAUUGAGCAAUUGAUGGGAAAAGACACUGGUCUAUUUCUUCUGAUUGAUCAUGCCUCUCGUCAACAACAGGACACCCAGUACAUGAUCGAGAAGAUGAAGAGACACGCCAAGAGUGUUCACGUCAAAGCUGUGAGCUAUCACGAGUUCACGGUUGCUCAUUACACUGGAAAAAUUACGUACGACGCUGCGGAAAUCGUCGAGAAGAACCGGGACUUCAUCCCCCCGGAGAUGAUCAACGCCAUGAGGCUGUCCUCAGACGAUGUUGUCAAGCAAUUAUUCACGAAUCAGCUGACCAAGUCUGGAAAUUUAACUGUUGUCAUCGAGGGGCCCAAGACUGCCCAGAAGAGGGUGAAACCGAAGCGGGAGUUGUUGGGAUUGCCAGAACCCUCUAGACUCAGGAGAUUCAAUACAGCAUCGCGAGGUCAAUUCUCUCAAACUCGAAAAAUGCGAACGUGCGCGGCCAUUUUUAAAUCCACCAGCUUGGAAAUUCUGAAGAACCUGUCAAUUGGUGGAGGAAGUGGUGGGACACAUUUUGUGAGGUGCAUCAGGGCGGACCUGGAGGCAAAACCCCGUGGGUUCCAUCGAGAAAUCGUAAGACAACAGAUAAGAGCAUUAGCCCUGCUGGACACGGCCAAGGCACGCCAGAAGGGCUAUCCCUACAGAGUGCCUUUCCAGGAGUUUCUCCGCAGGUAUCAAUUCCUGGCCUUCGACUUCGAUGAGAACGUGGAGAUAACCCGAGAUAACUGUCGUCUGCUGCUGGUCCGUCUGAAGAUGGAGGGCUGGGUGGUGGGUAAAACGAAGGUCUUCCUGAAGUACUACAACGAGGAGUACCUGGCGCGCCUCUACGAGAUCCAGGUGAGAAAGAUCAUAAAGAUCCAGGCGAUGCUGAGGUCAUUCCUGGCGAGAAAGAAGGCGAACAGAGUGGCCAGCAAGAAGAAGGUCAACGAGAAGGCGAAACUCCAGAGGAAGAUGAGCACCACGAAUAUGUCACAGGAAGAAGCAGCCACGAAGAUCCAGGCGAGGUUUCGAGGUCAUCAGGCGCGAAAGGAGACUGGGCCUCUUCUGAAAGGAGAGUUUGACGUUGACACCAAAGAAUUCAUCGUGUACUACGCCAGGAAAUGGAGGACAAAGAGCGUCUUCCAGGUACUCUUGAGGUACAGAUCCGUCAGGUACCAGGAUCUGGUGCAGUUGUCUCAACAGGUACACCUGUUCAAUCAAGCCCUGAAUUCGGCCAUUCACAAGUCGAACCUGAAGGUGCCCUCAGGGAGAAUCGAUCCAAAUGUCACUGUCGACUCAUUCCUCGAUAAACCAAGGCCCCAGGUGCAUAAAUUGCCCUUCGAUCUCAGCCAGGAGUUCCCGAUUUUUGAUACAGCUUACAUGAAUGAACCCUCGAGAGCCAGAAGACCUAGGGGCAACUCCCUGUGCUCCUCACUGUCUGAUGAGGACAUGCACGAGAAUUGGGACGCACCUCUCAGACGACAGACUGUCCCCUGGUUCACGAAUCCUCACAAGAGGGACGUCGAGGUCCAGACUACAAACUCUCCCCACAAAUCACCUAGGGGCCCUGUUAACAGUGGUCAGAGUAUUAUUAAUACUCCGUAUUCCAGGGAUCCCAGGGUUCCUGUGCAACUGCCUCCUGAGAUUGCUCCACCCAGAGUCAAUCCUCCUGUGAACAACAGACCCAAUUUUAUGGGGCCCACUGGCCCUACUGCUGGAAGCUAUCUCUCUCGCUCAAAUAAUUAUAAUAGGAAUGAUAAUGACUCGGUGAGGUCCAGGAAAAAGAAUCCCCCGCCUCCAAUUCCUCAAAUGCAGAAUCGAAAUUGGGGGGAUGACGAGAGGAUGACGACUGGCCGACGGAGAAGCACUGAUGAACUGGAGUUCGAUAGAAAUAGGAACAUGGCUGGUGCUAAUAGGGUGAAUCCAAUUAAUGAAUUGAAAACUAUUGGUCGAAGAAAUAGCAAUAACAAUGAUUACGAUGAGGAUCCACCAUUUAACUUCCAGGCAAUGCUUCGAAAGACUGCUCACCAACGAGAAUCAAUGAAACGAACUCCGGUGUACGACAGCUAUCGACCACCACCACCUUCCUAUGAUCCACCCUCUGUGCCGAAGCCAUCCAGACAAUUACGCGAUAAUGAAAUCAGUUACAAAGCGAGCAAUGAUCCAGACGCAGUGACAGUUUAUCGAAGUAAUGUGGAGUCCCCAGAGUGGAGUCCUAACGAAAUGGUGAGGAUGUCUGAAAAAUACGGGCGAGAGGGUGCCUGGGGUGUUGACAAAGACGACAACCCAGGAGAAGGUGCAUCUGGUGUAGAUCCACCAAAAAAAGCCCAUCGAAUUGAUGCACCCACAACCGUCAUAGGACCCGAUGGACUCUCUCGCGUUGAAAUUGCACCUGGAAUUAUCGUUGAGGGAUACUGCAAGGAUUUUUAGAUCACCUACAAUUAAACUAUGAAGAAUAAUAACGAA